AUGAAGAGAACCACAGCUUCUGCAUUGUUCGGAGCGCUCUCCGCUGCCAUUGUCCAUGCAGCUCCCGUUGUGGAAAAAGCUCCUCGAGAUGUGGACGAUCGAUUUCCGUACACAGGUCCAGCGAUCCCAAUUGGCGAUUGGGUGGAUAACACAGUAAAUGGCAAUGGAAAGGGGUUUCCUCGCCUGGUCGAACCUCCCGCCGUGAAGCCAGCAACGGCAAACCCCACGAACAAUAUCAAUGUCGUCGCAUUGUCGUAUAUUCCUCAGGGAAUGAGCAUUCACUACCAGACUCCAUUCGGUCUUGGUGAAGUUCCUUCAAUUCAAUGGGGAACCACUGCUACGGAUUUGGAUUAUCAAGCCACUGGCUACUCUCACACCUACGAUCGUACCCCGCCAUGCUCGCUGGUAGCCGCAGUGACACAAUGCAGUCAAUUCUUCCACGAGGUCCAAAUCGGUGGAUUGAAAGCCGACACAACGUACUACUAUCAAAUUGCAGCAGCCAAUGGUACAACAGCUUCAGACGUUUUGAGCUUUACAACUGCGCGCGACGUUGGUGAUUCGAAAGAGUUUACUAUCGCAGUUCUGAAUGAUAUGGGCUACACCAAUGCUGGCGGGACCUACAAACAAUUAAUCCAGGCUGUUGAUGAGGGAACUGUCUUUGCUUGGCAUGGAGGAGAUCUUUCUUACGCAGAUGAUUGGUACUCAGGAAUUCUCCCUUGCGAAGAUGAUUGGCCAGUCUGCUACAAUGGGACCUCCACUGAGCUUCCCGGCCCAGCUCCUGUCCCCGACUACUAUAAAGUUCCCCUUCCUGCAGGUGAGGUCGCCAAUCAAGGAGGACCCGAGGGUGGAGAUAUGAGCGUUCUUUACGAAUCGAACUGGGAUCUCUGGCAGCAAUGGAUUGUCAACAUCACGGCCAAGGUCCCAUACAUGACUCUUCCCGGAAAUCAUGAAGCGACCUGCAGCGAGUUUGACGGCCCAGGAAAUGUCUUGACAGCAUAUUUGAACAACAAUACUAUAAAUGGAACAGCUGCUAAGUCGGAUCUUACUUAUUACAGCUGUCCGCCAUCGCAGAGAAAUUUCACCGCUUACCAGCAUCGCUUCCGCAUGCCUGGAGGAGAAACCGGCGGAGUCGGUAAUAUGUGGUAUUCCUUCGACUACGGCAUGGCACACUUCAUAUCUUUCGACGGAGAAACCGAUUUUGCGAACAGUCCCGAAUACCCCUUCGCUCGAGAUGUCAAAGGCAACGAGACGCUCCCGACAGAACAGCAAACGUACGUUACGGACAGUGGACCAUUCGGUGCUGUGGGUAACUACAGUGAUUCGAAGACUUAUGCCCAAUAUCAGUGGUUACAAAAAGAUCUCGCUAGUAUAGAUCGAUGCAAAACUCCUUGGGUUAUCGCUAUGACACAUCGUCCUAUGUACUCAUCCCAAGUAUCUUCUUAUCAGAAAUACAUCCGGACUGCAUUUGAAGCACUGUUGCUUGAGUAUAGCGUCGAUGCUUAUCUUUCUGGACAUAUCCAUUGGUACGAACGGAUGUGGCCCAUGGGAUUCAACGGCACAAUCGACAGCUCUUCUAUCGUGAACGACAACACCUACCUCACCAAUCCGGGCAAAUCAAUGACGCACAUCGUCAACGGAAUGGCUGGUAACAUCGAAAGUCACAGCACGCUCGACGCUGGUGAAAGCACCCUACCCCUGACUGCUGUUCUGGACUUUGAGCAUUAUGGUUUCAGCAAGAUAAGAUUCAUCAACGAAUCCGCAAUUACUUUCACGUUCAUCAUGGGAGAUGAUGGAAGUGCUGGCGAUGAAUUGAUGUUGUUGAAGAGAAGUCCUGGGAACGGAACUUGUUCGUCGUCUUCGAACUCUACUAGUUCAAGUGUUCCUACAUCAACUGUUGGAGGAUACAACGCGACUUCGACAGCUACUGGAUCAGUAUCCUAUACAACAGAGGUGGUGACUGCAUACACGACUUAUUGUCCCGGAGCUAUGACCUUUACUCAGGGCUCGAGCACUUAUACCGUUAGCUCUGUUCGUCUCCCCAUCUUACCCUCCUCCCAGAUUCAAACUAACGAAACACAGGCAACAACCCUAACAAUAACAAACUGCCCAUGCACCAUCACCCACGCCGUCACUCCAACGUACGUCCCCCUCUGCUCUCCCUCCCCAACCCCAAACUAA